GUGCGCUCCGCCUGCAAUGCGUGCCACCAGUUCAAGAUCAGAUGCUCGGGCGGGGAGCCGUGCCAGCCAUGCCGGGACUCGAUGUUCCUGUGCACGUACAGCCCGGGCCGGAGGCUUGGGCGGCCUAAGGGGAGCAAGAACAAGCGGACGCUGAUGCAGGGGCAGCAGAACAACCCCAAGCAGAAGCAGCCC